CGGCACGGUGCGGGACAGUACGGGGCGCCGCGGGGUGCCGGCCGCUCGCGGGAACGGGGCGUAGCACCGGGGGUGAAAAAUAGCAUUCGGGAUUAAAGCUGACCGGGGCCGGGGCGGGGGGGGAGUGGGUUCCGCCCCGGGGCGGGGCGUCGAGCGCGCAUGCGCAGGCUGUGACCUUCCUCACGUGCGCCCGCGGCGGCCCGGUCACUCGGUGGCGGGGAGUGCAGGAGCCGCCAUGGCAGGAAAAGCAUUUAGGAAAUUUCUUCCCCUCUUUGAUCGUGUUCUGGUUGAACGAUGUGCAGCUGAGACAGUAACCAAAGGAGGUAUCAUGAUUCCAGAAAAAGCUCAAGGGAAAGUGCUACAAGCAACAGUAGUAGCAGUUGGAUCGGGAGCCAGAGGAAAGGAUUUUUACAAUUGGCCUGAUGAAUCCUUUGAAGAAAUGGAUAGUACGUUAGCUGUUCAGCAGUAUAUUCAGCAGAACAUAAGGGCAGACUGUUCCAACAUUGAUAAGAUCCUUGAACCUCCUGAAGGCCAGGAUGAAGGUGUAUGGAAGUAUGAACAUUUAAGACAAUUCUGCCUUGAGCUCAAUGGACUGGCUGUCAAGCUUCAGAGUGAAUGUCACCCAGACACGUGUACUCAGAUGACAGCAACUGAACAAUGGAUUUUUCUUUGUGCAGCUCAUAAAACUCCCAAAGAGUGUCCUGCUAUAGACUACACCAGGCACACACUUGAUGGAGCUGCAUGUCUUCUGAAUAGCAAUAAAUAUUUCCCUAGCAGGGUUAGCAUAAAGGAAUCCUCUGUAGCCAAAUUAGGAUCAGUGUGCCGAAGGAUUUACAGAAUAUUCUCACAUGCUUAUUUUCAUCACCGGCAGAUAUUUGAUGAAUAUGAAAACGAAACUUUCUUGUGUCACCGGUUCACUAAAUUUGUGAUGAAGUAUAAUCUGAUGUCCAAGGAUAACCUGAUUGUACCAAUUUUGGAAGAAGAAGUGCAGAAUUCAGUGUCAGGGGAGAGCGAGGCAUGAUGGGAAUGGCCACACAGAGGCCCAUACUGAAUAUAAACAGAACAUUAAUUAUGUACUGUAUAUAUCAUUUUAGACACUUCAAUCACGUAUCCUCCUAGCUUUGUUUAGUAUACUUUUUGUAUGCUGUGUGCAUUGCCUUUUAAUAUGGGAAAAUUAAGUUAUUCAUGAGCUGUAUAUUCAUCAAUGUGGCACUCAUGGUUUUUAAAUAAAAGUAGUAAUAUCUGUUUAUAAUGCCUGUUAAUAAAAGAAUUUACAGUUCUCUAAAAUUGCUGCUAAACAAUCAUUGAAUCACAAUCCUGAAGAUGUGUCUGAUUGGGUGGGGAAAAAAGUGAGAUUAAGAUUUCACAGCAAGCCAUUUUUAAUGCAAGUAGCUAUAUUAAGUCUGAGUUCAAAGAUUAUCACCUUAAAUAUAUAAUUCUGCAGGAAGCUUCUUGCGACAUAGCUUAUUCCUAAUUUAGCUUUUAUUUUUUUUAAGAUGGCUUCGAAGAUUUACUUUGGGAUGUGCAUAUUGCUGUAUGUGCAUAUCCAAGUACUAAUAGGACCUGUAGUAUUACUUAUACCAAAAGGAUAGUUUCACUAUGCUAUUGAACAUAUAUAUUCUUGAUAUACAUCUAACAUACUUUCUGGACUUUUUUUAUUAGCAGUGGAGGCUUGUACACAGCAGGGGCCAGGCUCUGUCCUGUUAAGGCGGACUUCUGCUGUUCUCCAGUCCACAACUUCGCUAAAGAGUAACUGUGGCAGAAAACCUGUGCGUAUUUAUGGUAACUGCUUACUGAUUAUACCUCACGUAAAUAUUCAUAUUACACUACAUAACACACUAGCACAGUCUUUGCUUGUACUCCUAGCAAAAACUUGAAAUAUUGAACCUGAUUCUUCACAAGAAUUAAUCAUAUUUUCAACAUACUUUUUCUUCAUUCACCUGAAUUACAUGCCUUGACAGAAAGAUUUGGAUUCAUGCUUCUGUUCCCUAUCAGAUGUUUAUUUCAAGUUGUGUUUGCAGAUUUGCAAUAACUGACAACUUCCAUGAGUGCUGCUUAAUUGUGUUAUGUCUAGAAUGAUAGAAUUAAAUGUUUGAGAGAGGAAUAUAGCAGAUGUACUGCUAAGCCUACAUGAAUGCAGGGUCUAAAAGCACUAGCAGUGCUCUUAUGUUAAAUGAAUUUUGCUUAGCUGUUUAAGAAGUUAGCUGGUUGCUACUCCUCUGAGGUUGCCUGGGGCCCUCUUUAUUUCAUUAAGCAGGUCCAAAUGGGCUAACUCCGCUAGUUUCUGUAACCUACACUUUGUUUUCUAAGCCGUACUUACUUGGAAAGAAGGGAAGCCACCUAUUUUUAAUGAGUCUUUUUUCAUAAUACACAAAACAUGCCUUAAAUUCUAUUUUUCUUUGUAUGAAUCAAGCACACCUCUCACAACUGUACCACCUGGAUGUAAAGGGAAUUUAAACAAUGAGAAAAUAGAGAGACUAAGCUUAAUUACUUCAACAGCUGUAUUCUUCAGGAGCUCUUUGUGUCUCAUGUUUAUCUUUGUAUUUAAUUGUCAGCAGGGUAAUUGCAUGAGAUGUUGUCCGAGUGAAAGUAGCUUUAGUUACUGUCUAUACACCAAGCUAUAACUUGCCUUGUAUAGACCAGGUUACUUGCUAUUUGAUGGGUAUCUCGAAGCUUAUACCACAGGUGGGAGGACUGUAUUCUGGAGGCAGUAAAAUGUAUUUAGUUUUGUUACAGGCUGCUGUUGGAUCAUCCAUGGUGUGGUUCUGGGUACAGUCACUCUGCAUGCUUAUGUUGGCCGUGGUGACUGAGACAGGCAAAAACGUGUAACUGGUGUUGCUAACUACAUUUCCUCUCCCAAACUGAAGAAAAUGAUGUGGUGCUCAGGACUGCAUUAAAAUUUUAAACCUCUCUUCUUCCUCUUAUGCUUUAAGAGUUUCACUUCAAAAUGAAACUUGGGAAAUUUUAAUCCUGUUUAAUCUCAUUCAGAUUUGCACUGUAAAGCUGACUUGCUAUACUAAGCUGAUUUUAUAUAAGACCGAAGUGAAACACUGCUUGUAUUUUCCCUUGCUAUUGUUUACAUGAGUACUGUGUACACACAUGUGCCUGAACGGUACCAUAAAACUUCAGUUAGCCUAAAGAAACGGUUUAUUUGUCUAAUAAAUAUUAACAGGUUUAAUCUAGACUCUACCUAAUAGGAAAAAUCAAGACUGUCUUUGAAUUAUAUUGUAAAAAAAAAAAGAAAAGAAGGAUAAAAUUAAACUGUUUCUUUAUCCAUACCGCUAUAUUUUGGUAAGCGAUUCUCAUUUUUCAUGUCGUCCAAGAAUGCAGGCAGCUGAGUGCUUCCAAGAGAAAGUUGGGUGCUCUCCCGUCUCUGCUACAAGGUGUGCUGAAGUGAAGUUGUAUUUCUUCUUUCAAAAGUAGAAAAAUACAAUACUCGUUAGCAUCUUGAAGUCAGACCUCAAAUGUAUACAUCUCACAUCAGAAAAUGGUGGGUCUACAAUUAAAAAGGGAGAUCCAGAAGAGGGGCUUUCAGACACCCAAGUAAGCCCACUUGAUGAUCUUAAGGGUCUUUUCCAACCUUAACGAUUCUAUGAUUCUAUGACGACAGCACGCCUCAGAUGCAAGGGCGUGUAGUAAGCAAAGGAUAACUUUCGAAUUACUUUGUCCUUGGUCACUGAGGUUUUUCCUGAUGUUUGGCUUAGCAUGUCUUGAAACAAGUCAGCCACGGUGAUUUUGCUACUUUGCUUUUAAUCUUAACUCUCAGAUAUUGUCAAAGUUUAUCUGCUUAAACAGACCAGACCAUGUCACCAGACCAGUUCCUCCAAACCACUUUGUCUCUAUCAAGUUAUGCUACCUGAGGUCAGGAAUGUUCACUGCUUCAAUUUGUACCACUUGUUGAAAUUCUGAUACAGGGACUUGGUUUUGAAGUCUAAAUCCUAACUAACACUCUUCUCAAAAUUAAGCCAUAGGGAAUCAUUGAGACAGCAACCCGUACUUUUUAACCUUGAAAAGAUGAAUAUACUAAGCACAAGGAACACCUAGUCAGCUUUUGGUAGAUGGCUGUAGGUCGAACAAGCUUUGCCUUGUGAGCUGCGUGGCUGUACAGACAAGACUGCAAAAAAGUAAUUCUGGCUUCAGAAAAGGUACACGUUCAUCCGACCCGUUUAAUGUCAGUGUGAGGCAAAUAGAACAGGGAAAGUGGCAGCUGAUUUGGCAAGUGCUUUUAAUGGUGAGAAGUUUCCCAUCAGAAAUAUAGAAAAUAUCUUAGCUUUACAAAAAGAAAACAGUAUCUUACAGACACAGGAGUUAAGCAGCAGUUUAGUGCAGUUGACCACGUAUGUAAAUAAACUGUUCUGACAAUUAUGAGCACAAAAUUUUUUUUACAGUGGAUAGUUCCUCCCUGCUUGUAAACACUAGGAAAAUAUUUCCUCUCCAAACUCCUUAAGAAUCAGAAGGUAUUAACAGUCUUUUACAGAGGUUCAUGAACAGCAUUGGAUGCCUUCUAUCUCUGUUCUUUUUAAUUAGCUGCGGGGCAUUUCUGCUGUCACAGACAGGUAAGGGACUUUUCUGUUAGCGUUCAGACACACGGGCUCCCAACUGAAGCUCUGUUGUUGAAUAAAUAAGUGUACUUACUUUUUUUUUUUGUCACAGAAAAACUCUUAAAGCAUCCAUACUUUAAGUUUGAUUUGCAAUUCUUUCAAUAAAAAGAUGAGUAUGUAAAGUACAUUCUUGUAAAAUAAAAACUGAACAGCG